CCAGAUCCUAGCUUUGAAUUAACCGCGUUUCGAAAAGCGGAGCCACAAAAUCGUGCAACGAAUUGACCGAUCUGCCCUCGUUGCGAGAUGGGCCAGGCCUUUGGCCAUCUCUUUGGCAGCGAGCCAGUCCAUGAAGAGGUGGAUGGUAUGGCCGAUGAUCCGGGCGGGACGAUCCCCGGCGUGGACAUCACCGGGGACAGUUGCUCUUGUACAUACCCACCGAUCUCCAAGGAGACCUUACACAAGGGUGACGAGGAGUUCUGGCUGAACCUCGACCCUUAUACCGCCAGCACAUUAUUGGCCCAGAAGCCGAAUGGCGAAAAGGAGUUUGCCAUAUCGAUGGAUCGUUUUGGGAUUGCCAAGCAGCACUUGUCCGACGCCCUUGAGACCAUGCGCACCAAGUACACGGAUUUGGCGCUUGCGCGGCGCGAUUUGGAGUCCAGCCAGAUGGGUGCAGCCUGGGAGCAUUUCAGCAAAUGCCGACCGCUGAGCAAGAAGUAUGGCUUAUAUCUUCCCUGCCACGAGAACUUCAAGACCGCCAUGAGACGAUAUCGUGGGCUCCUUCAGAAACCGAGCUGCCCUGUUGGCGCUUCCUUGCCGCUGCGCCCUGCCAGUGCACCGCUGAUCUUUCCGCCUCCAGUGCCGGACGUGGUCAACGCGUUGGUGUCCGCGGCCGACCGCAAACUCGGAGAGUUUCUUUGAGCUUCGAUUGAGCGCAAAUGGACUUACCAAAAGUUCCAAAGCCAAAUGGUGCAGUUGCGAGUUUCAUCAGGUUUCAUCAGGGCUGCACACAGCAAAAAAGGUGC